AUGAAAAAACAAACGUCAAAAAAGCUAAUUUAUCAUGUAGAAAAUUACUUGAACGCACUCCCGAGCAAGCCAACUCAUACACCUUCUCGAGACUAUCAACAGUUAAAAAAGGAAUUAACAUAUGAGUCCAAACGCAAUCAACAUGGUUCGGAUGACAUCAAGACACCCAAGACACCUAGACCUCUAUCUAAAGUGAGUGUGACAAGUCCUCUUUAUGUAGGUCAAGAAUGUUCUGCAUGUCACCAACAAGUACAUGGCUCGGUUGUAUCUGUUCCUGGCAACGGGGUUUGGCACUCUCAUUGUUUCACUUGCAAGGCAUGCCACAGACAACUCGAGAACGAGUCAUAUUUCGAAAAGGAUGGUGAUAUAUAUUGCUCUGUUGAUUACCGUCGACUCUUUACCUUGUACUGUGAUACAUGUGGUGAACCUAUUGAACGACAAGUUAUCCGUGCUCUAGGUAAAUAUUAUCAUCAAGAUCAUUUUAUCUGUUGUGUCUGUAAGCAGCCAUUUGGCGAUCAACAGUUUAUGGUCCUUGAUGAUCAACCUUACUGCCAGCAAGACUAUUUGAAAAAGUGCGGAAAGAAAUGCAGUGGAUGUGGAGAAUACUUGCAGGGAGAAUAUAUCAAUGCAUUGAAUCAGGAAUGGCAUAAGUCUUGCUUUCAUUGUACAGUAAGUUGA